UGGCGCUGUUCGGGUUCCUCGCUCAAUCGGCCGGCCUGGCACUUGCCUUCGCCGUCGCAUCUCGUCGCCCGGGCCGUCUGCAUCUCCCGGCUGAGCGAGCCAGAUCCAACAGGACUGUCGGCAGGUGCCCACCAGCCAUCGACUCCGACCCGUUCCGCCUGUCCUGCGACUCUGGGAGGCCGAUCGACACCGACCACCAGCCUCCUCGUCUCCUUGCCUCCUCGCCACCAUGAAAUCUGCUGCCAAGCAUCGCAGCGACACCAAGCAGACGACCAAACCCUCAGCCAUCGUUAUCUCCUCGGAUUCAUCGAGCGAGACGGAAUCUAGCCCCCGGACUGUGCAGCCCAGCCAAGGUUCCGCCAGCACUUUGUCGCAAUCCCGGACAUCGGCGUCGCAGCCAUCGCUCUCCCAGCAGUCGGCCAGGCCUGUUGCCUCGGCCUCCAAAUGGAUCAGCACCAGGAGGACGAAGCCGCCGACGCUCUCCGAGAGCACUCUCAGGCGAUCCCAGGCAGUGGCGUCAAAGCCAAGCGAUCGAGUUGCGGCUCGUCCAGGCUCUGCUUCGGAUGCCGGUUCAGCACAACCAGCACAGCCAGCAUCAUCAUCUCGCCUGCGAUCGCACGCCCCAGCCGGCCGGCUCCUGUCGUCCAGCUCAAAGCGCUCGCUUGCACAAUCUGCCGAGGAUAUUGACGACGACUCGGAAUCCGACACUGACUUUGGCUCGUCGCAGGGAAUACCAUCAUCCUUGCCCCGACGCGAGCGGGAGCAGACCAACACCGCUGCCAAAGCAACAGCUCUGCCACUGCCCACACCGGCUUCCGAAGCGACUCUGGCAUCCAGGCGUGGGGCCGCGGCAUCGAUAUCGGCUUUUGCAGAGGCAUCAACAUCCAGGGAUUCGGCAUCCAGAGCCCGUCGGCCAUCAGGAUCGGUGUCGUCGUCGCCCUCGUCCACCGGCUCUCCGCCAUCAUCGGCUCCCCAGCCGCAUGUGUCAUCAUCAUCCUUUUCAUCGUCCCAGACAACCCGCACGAUCCAACAGCGGCCCUCCUCGUCUCGGUCCACUCGAGCGUCUCAUCGCACUCAAGUCGGCUGGGGACGCUCGCUAUGGGACGCAAAGGGCGUACCACACGAUGACAUUCUCGUUGACGACGACGAUGACAGCAGCGGCUAUCAUCGAGCCGGGGAUCAAGACGGAGACGGGGUCAGGGCCAGCCAGUUUAAUUCACAGACCUCUUCGAACGGCGGUGAGACCGCCCGCGGUGAAGCGCCGCUGGAUGGGUCUCAGAAAUCAGAUAGGGGCUCGCAGCGGCCAGCGUCCCCUGGACGCAUGAGCUCGUCGAGGUCGACAAAGCAACCCAUCGACCGACCAUCCAGUCCGCCGAAACGAUUCCCUGUCGAGAUACCCAAUGCUGGAAGAGUGCCCGACAACCAACUCUGGAUUGACAAAUAUCGUCCUGGAUACCAAGGAGCCGAACUUGCGGUGCACAAGAAGAAAGUCGAGCAAGUCAAGCAGUGGCUACAGCUGGCCUUUCAGAGCGGAUCCAAGAAAGGAUCGCUAUUGCUGCUUACGGGGCCGUCCGGAUCGGGCAAGACCGCAACCCUCCAGUCGCUUGCGGCCGAGCUGUCCUAUGAGAUCAGCGAGUGGACCAAUCCCAUCAACACCAACUCUCUGCAAGUCAUGUACACGGACGACAAACGGAACUCGGACUCGUCUGACUUUGCAGACUGGACUUCCAUAAGUACAAAGUUCAACGAGUUUCUCGAACGCUCGUCUCGGCUAUCGGCUUUGCAGCUGACUUUCGACGGCACUGACCCUGCCCACGAAUCGACAUUGCCCAAGAGCAGUCGGCGCGUUAUCCUAAUCGAAGACCUGCCCAAUGUCACCGAACUGCAUACCCGGCAGAGCUUCCACGCGGCGAUUCGAAAAUACAUCGAAUCGAGGUUUUCCAUCUGCCCGCUGGUCCUGGUGAUCAGCGAUGUGUCCGAGGAAACCGGCGGCCGCCUCGAGGGCUCACUCGAGUCUGUCAUCUCGAUUCGGAACUUGGUCCCCCCGGAUGUGCUGUCGUCUCCUCAGUGCACAGAAAUCAAGUUCAAUCCCGUGGCGCCUACUAUCAUGACCAAGGCACUCAACCGCAUCCUCGACUUUGAGUUUCCGGUCGCAGCGCCGUUCCUGGUGCGCAAGCGCAGCCGAGCCGGUGCGUCCAAGCUCCAGGCCCCGCCCGUCGAUCCCAAGAGACCCAACAGGGACUGGGUCGACCGGAUCGUCAAGAGCAGCGACGGAGACUUGCGUAAUGCGAUCAAUUCGUUGCAGUUCCUGGCCCUAAACGAACUUGCGCAGGCAUCGCCUCCAGAGUUGUCUGGACGAGAUAUGUCGCUGUCACUCUAUCAUUCGCUCGGAAGGAUCCUGCACAACAAGCGCGAGACAGAUGCACCAACGGACGGGGACUCGACAUCGUUGCUGCCUGAGCACCUCUCCCACCAUUCACGGCCAAGGCUCAAAUUUGAUCCUGAGCCAACCUUCGAGAUGGCCCACAUGGACUUUGACAAGUACGCGCUAUUUCUCCACGGGAACUACCCGGACUAUCUGGAAGACAUUGACGAGGUCCUGAUGGCGAGCCAGUAUUUCAGCGACGCCGACCUGUUCAUGAACAACUGGAAGAACCGUGCCCAGUUAGCACCGUACAGCGCAUCCGUGGGCAUCCGCGGCCUCUUGUUUUCCAAGAACAGCGCAUUGACAUCAUCGCAGUCGGACUCUGGUUCGCUGCGAGGGUUUGAGCCCUUCCGGAAACCCGAGUUUUGGCAAACGCAGAAGCGGCGGCGAGAGCUUGAGCACGACGGGCUCAAGUCGCUGUUGCCAGAAUGGAUCAAGCAAGGAAUCGACGCCCAUCGCGAUGACAGAAGCAGUCAGGACAUGACGCUCUUCCGCGCCUACAACAGCACCGAGCUCUUCUCCGACAUCUUUCCGUUCACCUGUCUCAUCAACCGGUUUCAGCAUGGCCGACGAUUCCACGAGGCCGGACCGGGACCAGGGAGGCAGCGAAUGACUCUUGGGCCUCGCCAUGUCGAGUAUCUUCAGCAACUCACGUUCUUCCCAACCCGAGACCGGCUCAGUGCCGUGCCGCAGCGCACCUUCCGCGACCACGAUCGCUUGCCCAUGGACGAAAUCGAAGAUGAUCCGGCAGAAUCGGCCGCUCUCCGGCCUGGACUGACCCCGGCCACCCUCAAACGAGAAGACUCGAUCGUCGAGGGCGAUGGUGACAGCGACGUUGUCUGGCCGUCCAUUGACCGGGCCAUGAACACCAACAACGGACAUGCUGAAGAUAUCGAAGAGUUCUGAUUCCUGAAUCGGCCGGCAGGGUCUGCUGCCCAACACAUGCACGAUGUCGUCGCUUGAUCACCAAUACAACAGCACAAUACCACUGAAA